CGGGCACGGUGAUCCCCCUCAGGCGGCCCUUCUUGGCCCCGGGCACGGCGAUACCCCUCGGGGUGAUCCCGCCCGCCGCCCCCUCAGAGACACCCAUGUGUGCCCUCCUAGACAAUUCCCUGGAAACGGGGAGACCCCCUGCCCCUCCAUAGCCGGCCUUCUCCUCAGAGACGGCCGUGUGUCCACCCUCAGACAUUUCCCUGGAAACAGGCACCCCCUGCACCUCCGGAGCCCCCCUCGUCCCCACAGGCCUCCCCCUCUUGCCCUCAGGACAAAGAAGUUCAGGUCAGUAAGAAGCCGGAUUUUGAAGAGAACACAGGACAGGCUACACAACCCCCUGAGAUUCCCUCCUGCCCCAUGGGGAUUCAGCAACCCCAAAAACCUCACGCUGCUGCAGGUGCAGAGGCUUUGAUUCCUCAUGUAACUAAGGAAGCUCUGAGAUUCCUGGGCAACUUCAGUGCCAACGGAUGCCCAGCAACACAAUGCUCUCUAAAGCUAGCUUGCACAAACCUGACAAGCUGCCAGGCAAGCAUCAGCUGUAGAAUUCGGAACGGUGAGAACGGGGUGCACUUCCUCUUAAACAGGGAUGGGAGGCGCAGGGGGGAUGCCUUGAUCGAGCUGGAGUCCAAAGAAGACGUCCAGAGAGCCCUGGAAAAGCACCUGAGGUACAUGGGCCCACGCUACGUGAAAGUGUUUGAAGUCCACGACAGUGAUGUGGAGGGCUUGAUGCAGAGCCUGCGGGAUGAGUCCCAAGCCAUGAACGAUGGAGUGGUGCUGCUCCGAGGCCUCCCCUUCAGCUCCACCGAGGAGGACAUUGCGGAUUUCUUCGCAGGUUUGAAAAUAGCAGACAUAGCCUUCAUUUAUCGGGGAGACAGAAAGACAGGAGAAGCUUUUGUGCAGUUUGCAACUCCUGAAAUGGCAGCUAAAGCCCUGUUACGGCACAAAGAGUAUAUGGGAAAUAGGUAUAUAGAAGUGUAUGUAAGCAGAAAGCACCAGAUGCAAAGGCACAUGUCCCACGACAAGCAGUUGAUGACCUACUCCAAAAUGAGAAGAGAAUAUGAAUCCCUCCCUGAAGAAAGGGGAUGGAGAGGCACGAGAGCCCAGGAAGAAAACAGAUUGUACAGGGGAGAAACAGAAAACUCCAGGAGCGUUUUAGAGCCUGGGAACACCUCAUCACCAGCACGGCACUGUGUCUGCAUGAAGGGUCUCCCUACCCAAGCUACUGCCCAAGACAUAAUAAAUUUUUUUGCUCCGCUGAGGCCCACAAGGAUCCUGGUGGAAUACAACUCCCAGGGAGACGCCACAGGAGAAGUGGAGGUGCAUUUUGAGAGCCACGAGGACGCCGUGGCGGCGAUGGCGAAGGAGGGGUCACAGAUGAAGUCCAGUGCCGUUGAUUUAUUCCUGAAUGAGCAUCCAAAGGCAAAGGAAAACUGCUAGUGACAGUGGCACGGGUUCAGAUUUGGCCGGGUGAACGCGUUUCUUGUGUAUGAGCGUGAAGAUCGGGUACAAGUGUCAGCGCUUAGCAAGGAGGACAAACUGUAAGAUCUAGCUUAGCCUUGUGUAAGAGGAGCAUGUAAUAAAUGUGCUGGACUGGGGGGAGUGUUACAAAAGCAGCAGCAGCUGCACUGCAGGAAUGGUCAAUGGGUGGAGCAGUCCUGGGCUCCAGGUGCAGAACGGUGCAUUAAUAAACACCAGGAUUGACAACUGACA